AUGCUCGACAUCCUCGGCCGCAACAACAUCGCCGCCGUGCACGGCCCGCUGCACCGCCACAUGCGCGGCGCAAUGCUCGGCCUCGUCGGCCCCGUCGCGCGCCGGCAAAGCCUCCUCCCCAAGAUCGACGCCUUCAUGCGCUCACAUACCUCCGGCUGGGCAGGCAGCGUCGUCGACGUCCAGGCCAAGACCAAGGAGAUGGCCUUGCUAUCUACACUCAGGCAGAUCGCCGGCAUCACGGCCGGCCCACUCUCCGACGCCCUCAAGGCAGAGCUGUAUACCCUUGUGCUCGGCACCAUCUCCUUGCCCAUCAACCUCCCAGGGACCAGCUACUACCAAGGCUUUCAGGCAAGGAAGAAGCUCGUGUCCAUUCUAGAGCAGAUGAUCACGGAACGGCGAUCCUCUGGUGAUGCUCAUGAUGACAUGUUGGAUGUUCUCUUGAGAAGCGGCGAUGACGGGACCAGGGAUAAGAUUAGCGACGAGCAGAUCAUUGACUUGCUCAUCGCCCUCAUCUACUCCGGAUACGAAACCAUGUCGACCACUUCGAUGAUGGCCGUCAAGUACCUAUCGGAACAUCCGCUGGCCCUCGAAGAACUUAGGAGAGAGCAUCUUGAUAUCAGGAAGGGAAAAUCGCCGGAUGAAGCCAUCAACUACGAUGAUUUCAAGUCCAUGGCCUUCACUCCAGCUGUCAUUUUUGAGACGCUAAGAUUAGCCACUGUUGUUAAUGGACUGCUGAGGAAAACUACAAAGGAUGUAGAAAUGAAUGGGCAUGUCAUUCCAAAAGGCUGGAGAAUCUAUGUUUACACAAGGGAGAUAAACUAUGAUCCGUUCAUGUAUCCUGACCUGAUGACCUUCAAUCCGUGGAGAUGGCUGGAGAAGAACAUGGAAUUGCACCCGCACUUCAUGUUGUUCGGAGGGGGCGGCCGGAUGUGCCCCGGGAAGGAGGUGGGAACUGUGGAGAUCACGACUUUCCUCCACUAUUUCGUGACCCGAUAUAGAUGGGAGGAAGAAGGCAAGAACACAAUCUUGAAAUUUCCCCGGGUGGAAGCUCCCAACGGCUGCAUAUCCGAGUUCAAGAUUACUGAACUCUUGCAACAAACAUUUUGCAGAGUUUAG